AGAGGAAGAUUCUUACAUAAUUCUGAAUACAGAAUAUUGUUAAUACAAAAUGUUGUAACGUCGCAAGAGGUGGGGGGCGGGUUUACGGCUGUGACGCAGCGCUGCUCGUCUGAACACACAGCGCAGACUGCAUGCGGAGAGAAUAGGCGGAGACACACAGGGAAGGACUCGAGCAAACACCUCUGCCCUUCUUUUAUUCUAACACGCUGGAUAUGUCUUAAAUAUGUCUUAGAUAUUUACUCUCAUGUGGUAUCAAAGGACGCGCUGGCGGAAUCGCCAGCCCCACGAACUGGGCAGAUGUGACUUUUGAUGUGGUGUUUAUCCUGCGGUCGAUGUCGCAGAUGAAGAGGAUGCGUGAAACAACGCAGCCCAGCCCUGUUUUUUUUAAAGCGAUUGAAAGGAACUACAUUUUUUCGGAUGAUGGCAUUGUUUUCCCGUGGAUUGCUGUGGAUCGAUGAAGCGAGUGAAAGCAAGCACCAUGUUACCAAGGUGAUUGAUCACUGUGCUCAAUGAGAACAAGGAGGAGAGCGCAGUUGCGUUACGAUGGCUGAGGAGAAUAACCUAAAGACAGCCAGAUUAUGGAGGGAUGCUGCCCUGCGCUCCAGAAAGCUGCGGAGCAAUCUGCGACAGCUGACUCUCAGCACCAAAAACAGCCAGAAAAUCACAUUACCCGAUGAUAUCAAAGAGAUCGAGGUUCUCAAUCUGGGUAAUAACUCCCUGCAGGAGCUCCCAGAGGGGCUGGGCUCGACCCUGACGAAGCUUCGCAUUCUUAUUCUCCGGAGGAACAAUUUUGUCACCGUUCCCUCUGCGUUAUUUCAGCUUAGUCAGUUAGUCGAGUUAGACAUCAGUCACAACUGCCUGGGUAACUUUUCUGAAGACAUCGAUCUUUUAAAGGGUCUUAGAAAGUUGUGCAUUAGUCAUAACAAAAUCCAAUACCUGCCAUCUCAGAUUGGGACUUUGCAGUGUCUGGAGGAGCUUGACGUCAGCUUCAAUGACCUACGUGAUUUCCCCAGGUCCGUGUCGAAGCUCAGAAAGCUCAGAACUCUUGAUGUGGAUCACAACAAGCUGCAGCGUUUCCCAUCCGAAAUCCUCGCCCUCAGUGACUUGGAGGAGCUCGACUGCUCUGGGAAUAAACUCGAGGGCCUUCCGGGGAAUAUCAUGAUGCUUCAGUCUAUUAAAAUCAUGUGGCUUAGUAGCACCCAUCUUGCCUCCCUCCCAGAAACGUUUUGCGAGCUGCAAAAUUUGGAGAGCCUGAUGCUCGAUAAUAAUGUUCUCACAAAACUCCCGCAAUCAUUUGGAAAAUUGCAAAAGUUAAAAAUGCUCAAUCUGUCGUCAAACUCCUUCGAAGAUUUUUCUCAGGUUAUUAUCAAAAUCGCUAGUUUGGAGGAGUUGUAUUUAAGCCGGAACAAACUGACGUUCCUCCCUGAGGAGGUGGGUCAGCUGUGUAAUCUUGCUAAUUUGUGGUUGGAUAAUAAUAGAAUAACAUUUCUCCCGGACUCUAUUGUAGAGCUGGGUAAACUAGAGGAGUUGGUUUUACAGGGUAACCAGAUUGCCAUACUCCCAGACAAUUUUGGAAAACUUGCCAAAGUGAACAUAUGGAAGGUGAAAGAUAAUCCUCUCAUUCAGCCUCCAUAUGAAGUGUGCAUGAAAGGAAUCCCCUACAUAGCCGCCUAUCAGAAGGAGCUUGCACACUCUCAAACUGCAGUAAAACCCAGACUUAAACUUGUUUUGAUGGGUCACGGCAAUGCAGGGAAAACCACGCUCAGGCAGUGCAUUAUCAGCAAACCAUCAGAUGCCAAGAUGGCGAUCGGAGGUAGAGGUGUCGAUGUUACAAACUGGGUAGCAGAUGCUGAUCGGAGCCUCGCAUUCAUCGUAUACGAUCUGUCAGGUAAACAAAACUAUGAUCUUAUUAAACCAUUUUUCCUCUCUCCUGGAGCUCUCUAUGUGCUAGUUGUGAAUCUGAAAUCAUAUACAUCAAAGAGCUUUUAUUUGCACGUUGGGUAUUUUUUGCACCUGCUCGGUGCCAAGGUGCCACAUGCGGUCGUGUGCAUCGUGGGAACUCACGCCGACGUGUGUGAAGAGUUAGAGAUUGAAGAGAAGUGCCUGGAUAUUCACAGACAAAUUUCAAUCCAGGAAAAGUUGGACACUGAGUGCUUACACGUGCUUGCCAUGCAGGUCGACGAAGCUCUCGAGCAGGGCUACUACGUUCGCACGUCUAACCCCCAUGUGCUCUUUUACGGGGUUUCGGAUAAAAACCUAAGACGUAAAAAGUCCCAGUUGCAAUAUAUGCUGAACAAUCGAUUACAAAUCCUGUCUCCGGUGAUUUGCGUCAGCUGUGUGGCGGCACAGAGGAACAUUCAGCGCUUGAAAGACAAACUCAUGUCCGUCGCCGAUCACAGGGAGAUUUUUCCCAACCUUCACAGGGUGCUGCCCAAAUCGUGGCAGAUGCUUGAGGAGCUGCAUUUUAAGCCGCAGGAUUUAUGGCUUUCCUGGUGGGAUUCGGCCCGGUUGGGUUUGCAGGCGGGGCUGACGGAAGACCGCCUGCAAAGUGCUCUGUCUUACCUGCACGAGAGCGGUAAACUGUUGUACUUUGAAGACAGCUUGACACUUAAGGAAUAUGUCUUCCACAAUCUGCCACGGUUUAUCGCCAUCUUGAACGUCUUUUUCCAAAGGGACCUCGCUUCGAUGCUCGAGAAACUAGAGACGGAGGAAGAUGAUGGAGAUCCACACAACGCUACGCAGAUGCACAGUCACAUGGAGGGGUUUUUGUUGCACGGUGUGUUGCCGUCAAACGUCAUCCGCUUCCUGCUUAAACCCCUGGUACAGACGCAGCAGGACCUGCACCUGAUCAUGGAACUUCUGGAAAAAAUGGGGGUGUGCUACUGUGUCAACAAACCUCGUGGUAAGCCAUUUAAUGGUGCCACCGUCUUGUAUAAGUUCCCCAGUCAGGUCAGCAAUGAGCAGCCCCAUACCGAGUCCUCGACCGGCGGGAGUUCCAUCCCUGGUCAGGUCUUCUCAGUCGAGAAUCUGCAGAUUGAAUACAGGUUUCCUUUUCUCACCCCUCUUGGACUUUUUGCACGGUUUAGCGUGCAAAUAAACAGCCACGUGGUGCAGCGAUCUGACUGGAAGCAUCACAUCUUUGCUUACCGGGGUAAAGUGCCUGUGACAGUGAGUUACUGGCCCUCCCGGAGCAGACUGCAGGGCGAGACCCUCUCCAUUUCCAGCCAUGCAUCUUUGCCAAAUAUCUGGACGGCUUGGCAAGCCAUUAUUCCCCUGGUGGAAGAGUUAAAUGUUCUUCUGCAGGAAUGGCCUGGCCUUCACUACUCUGUGCAUGUCAUGUGUUCCAAGUGCCUGAAGAGAGGAUCCCCAAACCCACAUUCCUUCCCAGGAUGAAACAUUGUGUUUCAAAGCACCAGAAUAAUCUCUGUGAGGUGAUGUCAAUCCUGUUAUGUCACUCCCUGGAGGGUCUACAUUAUAAACCUACAGAAUUAUCCAUGUGACUGGCGCAGGACUGCAUGAGUACAGGACUGGAGGGUUUGCUGUGGCAUGCGGUCCCAUGUAAUGUCAUCGCAAGAAUCAUGUCAGCAGAUUCAUCCAUGUCAGAAUAGAUCACGCUGAUAGGAAUUAAAUCCUCCCUGUUCUGAAAUAUAGCCGUGGAAAAAAAGUAAAAAAUAAAUCUAUUUCAGAGACCAUUUUCAGUUUUUCUGAAUUUACUAUUUAUAGGUAUGUGUUUAGGUAAAACGAUCAUUGUUUUAUUCUGUGAACUACUAUCAAUAUUUCUCCCCAAAUU